UUCUCGGACGAGCUCGAGCUUGAACCUGCUGUCUUGACCUGCCCUGAAAAGGUGGACACUCACGAAAGAACACUCCACGACCGACUCCUUCUUAUUCGAAUUCGCCAAGCCGUCCACUUUCAUUACAUCCAUUAUUGCUCCACUCCGUCUACCGGUCAAUACUUAGUCAUGGCACACAGAUUAUUAACCUCGACUCCGCUGUUGUCCAGGACUCAGCAGACCCUUGCCGCGCGUGUAAGGGCUGCCGUGCCUGCUCAGUACGCCAACUAUGUCACUGCUUCAACCGUCGUUAUGGCAGGUGGAAAGGCCAAGAAGGCCUCUGCGCCUGUCCGCGCCAAGGGGCAGGCCAAUUCCUUCCGCAGGAAGAAGGUCGACGAUGAGGGUAAAAAUGAGGGCGCAAUCGGAGGAGCCGGACGCUUGAACGAGAAGUACUAUAAGCCCGCGACACCUGUCAAGGUCGAUGAAUUCCUUCCCUCAACUGCCACCAAGGAGCACAUCGGUCAAGUUCUCGGCUUUCCCUCGGCGGUUCUCCCAGCAUUGAGCCAGACCUCAUAUCCUACUCUAUUGAGCGAACAGUUUGCUCUGAUCAAGCCUGCGGCAUUGGUUGUCCGUGAACCGACUGUCGCUUUGCUUGAGAGAGUCGAUAAGGCUAUGAAGACCCCUUCGUCCCAGAGCAGGAUUGUUCUUACUGGGGAUUCAGGAUCAGGAAAGAGUGCAUUGUUGCUUCAAACUGUCAGCCACUGUCUCUCGGCUGGAUGGGUCGUCGUUUAUGUCCCCAAGGCUAGUACUUGGAUGAACAGCUCUUUCGCAUACAGUAAGGCGGCCAACUCAACCUCUUUCGUCCAGCCCUUGCUUGCUUCUAAUCUCGUUGGCCAGAUUAACAGUGUCAACAAGUCUGUGCUGAGCAAGAUCGUCACCUCUGAGAAGGUCAGGGUUGGUCGUCACGAGAUUGAGAAGGGAACGACAUUAUCAGCUCUUCUCGAAACUGGUGUCAAGGACCAGUUCGCUGCUCAGGAUAUCAUGGAGGUGUUCAUGAAGGAGAUGAGUGCCCAGAAGGAGAUUCCUACUCUGAUUGCAGUGGACGAGGUUAACGCUUUCUUCCGCUCCACACAAUACUUGAGCCAGGAUGGUGAGGAGCUCGACCCUGAGCACUUGAAGUUGCCCAAGCUGUUCUUGAACUACAUUUCAGGAAAGAGCUCGUUCGAGCACGGUGCUAUUGUCGCCGCCAUAAGCGAUACUCUUCUGGCUAACAAGAGCGAGCUCCUUGAAAUUGCGCUGGGCAUUAAGGAGGUCUCACCCUAUAAGAAGCUUUCGCCGACGAUCAUGCCCUGGACCGAGGGACUGGCUAGGAUGGACGUACCGAACUACACGAGGACAGAGGCCAAGGGAGUCUUUGACUAUUACAGAAAGGGCAAUAUCUUUUACGAUGCUGCAUCAGAAUCCCUGUUCCUGAACAAAUUUAUCGCAUCGGCCGGCAACCCCCGCAAAUUCUUCACAGCUUGCGCAAAAGGAGUCUAAGAUGGAAGAUCAUAGAACAUGAGCAUAGGAUGGAAGGCAUGGAAGGAGGAAUGUGUAAUCAUAGAGGUUAUUAACGUGUGGAUUAGGGUGCACAAUAAACAAUCGCAUACAACUAAA